CCGCGGCGGCCCCUGCAUGUGCGGGCGCGGGGCGGCGCGGGGCGAGGCGCUGCCGGCCGGAGCCCUGCGGGCGCUCCCUCACCGCCCUGCCCUCCGCGGGACACCGGUUGCUGAGAGCCCGCCUACACCCCGCCCCGACACCGGCGCUUUCUGUUUUUUUUUUUUUUUUCUUUGCGCACUCCCAACCCACCCUCACCCCCGAUCACCACCAACCCCCUUCCGCCCCUCAAUUAUUAUUAUUUUUAUUACCACUAAUUUUUUUUUCCUCCGCUGAUGAGGCGCGGCGGCGGCAGCGGCAGCCGGGGGAGCAGGCGGCAGCGCGCCGCGGGACCGAGUGGCUGAGAGGCGGCGGAGCGGCGGCGGGAGGACCGGAGCCUCCUCUCUGUGUUUUCAUUUUUUGGCGAAGUUGGAAGUGGUGGAGGCUCGGCUGCUGGCUUGGGGAGGGGGUCUCCCUGCAUUUGUCUCUCUCUUUUUUUUUUUUUUUUUAAAUGACUCUUAAUUUUUAAUAAUUUUUUUUUUUUUCAAACUCUGGAUUUUGAGUGCCCGGCGAAGCCAGGAGAAACGAAAGCAAAUAGACACCUGUGCGUGCGUUGUGUAUAUAUAUAUAUAUAUAUAUAAUAUAUAUAUUAAAAAAAAUUAAAUAAAGAACAACCGACUGCAGCAGCAACAACAGAGACAGCGCUCGGCAGCGCCCGGCCGGCGGCGGGCGGGCAGCGGAGCCGUCGGCGGGGCGGCCGCGCAGCAUGGAGGAGGGCGGCCGGAGCCCCCGGGAGGAGGCGGCCGAGCCGCAGGAGUCCGGCGGCGACGCGGAGCCCGGCAGCGGCGGGCGGCGGGGGCUGCUGCUCCCCCCCGGUGACCCCCCGCACCCCCACCCGCACCCGCAUCGCAUCACCAACUUCUUCAUCGACAACAUCCUGCGGCCCGAGUUCGGGCGGAGGAAGGAGGCGGGCGGCCCCGGCGCGGAGCCCCGGCGGCCCGGCGCGGAGAGCCGCCGCAGCCCCGCCGCGGCGCCGGCCCCCGGGGCUGCGCUGCCCGGCGGCGGGGCGGGCUCGCCGGGCCGGGGGGAGGGCGGCCCCGCCGGGCUGGCUCUGCACGGCGCCGCCAAGAAGGGGGGGGACCCCGCGGCGCUGGAGGCGGCCCUGAAGGCGCGGGGGCUGAGCGGCGGCGACCUGUCGGUGAGCUCGGACUCGGAUAGCUCCCAGGCCAGCUCGAACGCCGGGAACCAGCCCAUGCUGUGGCCCGCUUGGGUGUACUGCACGCGGUACUCGGACCGGCCCUCCUCAGGUCCCCGCUCCCGCAAACCAAAGAAGAAGAACCCCAACAAGGAGGACAAGCGGCCGCGCACCGCCUUCACCGCCGAGCAGCUGCAGAGACUCAAGGCCGAGUUCCAGACGAACCGGUACCUGACGGAGCAGCGGCGGCAGAGCCUGGCCCAGGAGCUCGGGCUCAACGAGUCCCAGAUCAAAAUCUGGUUCCAGAAUAAGCGAGCCAAGAUCAAGAAGGCGACGGGCAGCAAGAACUCCCUGGCAGUGCACCUCAUGGCCCAGGGGCUCUACAACCACUCCACCACGGCGAAAGACGCUGAAGGAGAGGACGAGCGCCAGCCGGCACCGAUCGCCUCUCGGGCACUCCUCCUCCUGCUCGAAAGGAGCUGAAAACGGAAAGGAAAAUCUCUUUAAUCUCACGUACUGUCAACAGGUUUCACCUUUUCAAGACUUUAAAUACCCGGUGGUGUGAUGCUCUGACAGGCUACGUUUGGAAAACCUCUGCUAGAAAAACUCAUAACCCCGGAGCUCGGGAAGAGGGGAUGGAAUAUUGCCGAUGCCACGCCACGAAACCAGGCACCCUGUAAAAUGUUUGGCAGCCCCGGGAAAGGACAGUACCAUGAUUUUAGGACGGGCUGGACAAAAAUAAAACGAUUACCCGCCUUGCUGCGACAAAGGGCACAAGAACUCCGAAAUAGCUUUCUGCAGGCAGGAGGAGAGGGAGGAAGGGCAGAGCCUCACUCACCCUCAGGGUCGUUCCUUCUGCAGGGGACGCGCUCCCAGAUAAAACCAAGGGGAGGUGUAUUUAAAAUUUUACUUUAUAUAUAUUUUUUAAAGCUGCUACUUUAGGAUACAUUCUGCAAGGGGCAACGUUCUCCAGGAGAGGAGCUGCCGCGAGCAUGGUGCACCAAGGGCUUUACCUGCCCGAAGAAACUGGGGCCAGGGCUGAGUGCGACGGGAGUGCCGGGGAUGCUACCAGGAUACUGCGUGUUCCUGCUUCCCAACCUGCUUUAUUUUUCCAGCCUUUUUUGUUUAUGUACCUGUGAGGAGAUUUUUUUUUUUCUUUUUUUUUUUUGGUCACCUCCACUAAUAGAAGCAGGUGAUUUAUAAUCCAGAGAGAGAAAGUCGGUGGCAGGGGUCACUAAAGAAGAGUUUUAAGUCUGGUUCGAAAUAUAGCUCCGGCUGCCCAGUGGUAGAAAACGGCCCCAUGGGUGUGUUACACGGGAGUGGACAAGUCCCACGGAGAUAUUUUUAAUUUUUAUUUUUUAUUUUAUUUAUUUAUUUAUUUAUUUAGGAAGUUACAAAACCUGCAUCGGGGGAAAUUUUGACCUUGCUCCUAAGUGUGCAGGCAGUACUGCUUCCACCUGUCCUGCCCCAUUCCCCCCCAAGAAAUACUGGGAAUAGAAAAGAGAUGUGUGACACAAGCAGGAAUAUGCGUUUAGUUUUAUAUUUUAAAAAAACAUAGUGAAACUUCUCUAAGUUAGUUCAGUCUCUGGAGCAAGGACAGAAAAUACCACGCUGCUGCUUGGAUUUUAUCCACAUCAGAACACAAAAUAUUUGCCAUUGGUAAGCCGUGCCUUCAGUGGGAGCAGCGAAUUCCUCACAUGGGCUGCACUCCUCACCUGCCUCCGAUAUUUUGGGGAAAGCUUCCAUGGGAAGAGGCACAGGUUCGGAGGCACUUGCUCCGCUGCUGCCUUUCGCCAUCCUGUGAGCGGCUGCUGGUUCCCGUGCGCCUCCCAGCCCGCGCUCCCACGCCCGGGCAGCGGCUCCCCGCUGGCUUGGGAAGGACGGCACGGAUAAAUUAGCCCUCGAUAAUUUAACAUUUAAAAUUAUUUUAACGGAAUGAACCGCCGCACCAGCUCCUCUCGCAAUUUUAGCAAAGCAACAGCACCUUUCUGAAACAGCCUUUUUGUUUUGGAAAAGGCAAAAUCCCAACCCACAGCAGCCCCGAAGCCGAGCCAGAGUUUCCCCCAAAACCGGGCUGCACAGGACUGGCCCAGGAGUUACCCACCGCCCGGCAGCGUUUUAUUCCUGGCAGGCAGCUCUCCCUGAGUUUUCCCUCCCCCAGCUAGCGGGGCAGACUCCUUCCCCUCCAACCAGAACAGCAGAGUCCCAUAAAAAAAAGAAUAAAGCAGGAACCCCCCCCCCCGUCCCCCCAAACAAACUAACCAAACAAACCCACCAACCCAGGGAAGUAUUUCAGGGCCGAAUAAAAAUACAUCUGCACUUGCCCGGCGCCAACCAGCCCCUCCGUGUAAUUAAUUAAGCGUAUUUUCCCCGUAACUCUGUUCAAUGAGCAUCUGAACAGUGAGGUUUAGUGAAGGUGUUCCUCCGCUCUGCUCUCUGUUAACGCAGGGUAUGGCACAUGCGAUGUAUAAACUCGCACCCAGGCACUAUAUAUGCAAAUGCUCGCGCCAUUGAUUGUGAAAUGCAUAUCAGAGUUAGAGAAGGAAACUAUUUAGCUAGCUCUGGUUUGUGGGGAAAAAAAAAAAAAAAAGUAAUUCUGUAUCCCGCUGAUUUAAUAUCCGACCUCCACAUUCAAUCCCCGCCCAUGCAGCUAUCAAAAGUACCCCUGGGAUGUUUGGAUAUCAUCUCCAAACUAACAUCUGUGAUUAUGAAACGCUCAGAAGGGGAAGGUUAAUAACAAUUUGUUUCAAAGGGCCACGAGUCAAUUUUAUAAACAAAUUCGCGUUGCCUUAAAAACAAACAAACAAGCAGAGUGGAAGCCGGCACCCGCACGCAGGGGCUGGACCUGGGCACUCGGGGCAGGUUUUGUGCCCACUUCCCUCAGGGAAGCAGCCAGGGCAGUCCGGGACGGGCCCGGGAGCAGCAGCCGGGGAUGACGGGCUGUGCAAAGGGGAGAGAUUUGUACGGUGACAGCCCGGGGGAUGCUCCGUGGCUCCGGCAGAAACGCACCCAGACACGCUUGGGGAGCGGGAGGUAGUCCCGCGUUUCUGUGCAGAAAGUCAGAACGUCCCUGACUGCGGAGCUGGGUUCUGUGGAGCUGGGGAGGGGGCAGGUCUGGGCUGUGCAGCGCUAGGGAGGGGGGGAUCCAUGACCAGGGCUCUCUGUCACACACACCAAGAUCAACCUUGCAGCUAAAACCAACCACCAGCCUGUCCUCAGUCUGCUCUGUAGCAUAUUUGGGACCCCUGGCAAACUCAGGCAAGGCUGACGGCCAAAGCCUGGCCCCGGCUUCGGGAAUAAGUGGCCUGGAUGAGCCCAUGCAGGAAGAGACGACGGAACCGGCAGCUCCACUGGUACCCACGCCCAGAGCCCGACGGCAGCUCUUUGCCUACUGCCCUCCCCUGCCCGCUGCGCGCCCCUGCCCCCUGCCUGACCCUCUCCAAUGCCUGUCCCUGCCCGCUGCCCAUCCCUGCCCACUGCCUGUCUCUGCUCGUUGCCUGACCCUGCUAGCUGCCUGACCCUGCCCGCUGCCCGUCCCUGCCUGCCCACGUUUACGCCCGCACUUCCUCUCACCCCACCGUCUCCUCGACCUGGAAAGAAAUUUAAAUUUGGCGUUUGACAUAUUUUAAGGUCUUAAAAAAAUAACCAAAAAACACAAACUGGAAAGGUAAAAAAAGAGCCGCGUCUCAUGCACACACGCAUCGGGAUGACCCGCCUCACUGCGGGGCCGUGCGUGGGAACCGACGGGAACCGGGAGGGGUGGCCCCACUUCCCGCGUGUCCCCGGGGCUUCCCCUGCGGGAGGGGGGCCAGCCCUCGUCCUCUCCGG